AAAAAACUUGAAGGAUUUGACUUUGAUCAGGAUCUUGUACUUUAUGGUAUACAAAUUCAAAAUGAUAUACAAACAAAAAAGUUCCAUCCAUCUUUUUCAUUACUUGUCAAAGACUUUGACAGCACUUUAAUGUGUUAUGGAUGUUAA